AUGAAACGUUUCUUCUCUGGGUCCAAAUCACCCAAGCUGGCUGCUCCGCCGAAGAAUCUGUUUUCCAGAAAGGGGAGCACUUCCUCAACGGGGUCGAAGGAUACUUUCUCCAGGAGUAGUUCGUUUGGACAAAGACUGCUUAAUGGGGAUUCCUCUCCAAACCUGCCGCAAUUCGCGCAGGAACAAAGGGACGCCUCGGACAGCGUACUAAACAAUGAUCUUUCUCCUGAACUGGUCCCAAUUGUGACACUACUGUCUGCGCAGGCACACAGACGAUACCAUAAGGGUGUCAUUUUGGUACUGCAUGACUUGAAAAACGAUGGGACACCAGCAACUGGGAAGUGGACCGAGUGCUACGCUGUACUGUUGGGUACUCAACUGGCCCUAUGGGAGGCGAAAGAGAUAGCAGGCUUACAGGAGGGUGAUAACAGUACAAGAGUUAUUAGCAGUUCUUUGAAAAAGGCAGCAUCGACCCCGAAGUACAUAAACCUCGCCGACUGUGCUUUGAGGCCGUUGGAUUCCGAUGACUCAGUCCUAUCGAACGACGGCAGGAACGUUGACCUCAGUAACGUCCUAGUCGUGUCCACCACUUUGAAGAAUAGGUACUUCUUACAAUUUAGCGAUAAGAAUUCUUACGACGAAUGGACAGCGGCGUUCAGAUUGAGUCUGUACGAGAAUGUAUCCCUGCAGGAAGCCUACACGGGCGCGUUCCUGUCCUCAAGGGGAAGUAAACUGAGCGAUAUAAAAGUCAUUAUGGAUGAACGCAACAAAUUCAGUUACUCAGAAUGGGUCAGCGUACGGUUUGGCGCUGGUAUGCCCUGGAAACGAUGCUUUGCAGUCGUUUCACAGUCUACUGGUAAGAAAAAAAAUGGUUCCCCCUUCGGUAAGAUCAGUUUCUACGAUAACGACAAGAAAGUUAACAAAAAAAGCGUCAUGGUCACAAUCACAGAGGCGAGAAGGGCAUACGCGGUAUACCCAUCUGCCCCGGUCCUUAUCGAUAACUCGACAAUUCUUAAAUUGGAAGGGUCCAUCAUUUUCAGCGAUAAAGAUGGCAACAGCGAGGACUGUAACGUGUUUAUCAUGGCUGAGAAGCAUCAAGGUGUGGGUAGUUACGACACAAUCAUCAGAUUCUUAAUCCCUGUGAUGAACGCGUUCGCGCUUUACGGGAGACCCAAGCAAUUGAUAGCAGAUAGAGACGAUCCAAACUCUUUGAUGUUCGCACUUCCGAUACUCCCCGCCAUCUACUAUUUGGAAGUGAAGGACAUUUUAGAUAUGAUUCGUGCUAACGAAACUUCCCCAUGGAACCAAGACGACUGGAACUCCAACAUUGACGAACUGCUGAAAACAAAGAAAUUGGAGGAAGGCUACACCGGUUGUGGCCAAAAGGGUAGGCUUCCAUCCACUUUCUCAUCGCCAACACUGGGCCCAGAUGACCUAUUCAGGGGACCAAACUCCCCAGUGUUCUCGAACCCGCCAAGUUUGCGUAGCGAUAAAUUGUUGAACGCCUCCCCUCAAUCUCGGAUUUUAGACAGAAUAUCGGAUUCGGCAGAAUUCCUACCAACGUCUCAUGAACUGCCUAAAAUAAUUGACGCUAAUGAAGAUGCGGAGUCUUCAGUGGCAUCCUCUUCCAAGGAGUCAGUAGUACUGAAUCCUUUCGAAACAGCUGAAGAUCUAAACGGUGUAGCCAUUCCCGAGGGUUACGAACAGCAACACACCCCGGGUAAUGAGUCAGCUUCAAGAAGGAGCAUGCCUAACAACAAGCAGCCUGAACUCCCUAUAGUGUCACCACACAUAGAAUCAAAUGAUGAAUACCCAAACAACACCUCUGCGAUACAGGCUGGUGAACUUUCGGAAUUGUAUGACAAAUAUGCUAUUGCCCCAUUCGGUGCAACACACGAAUCCUCAACCGGGGACAACUUGGAACCUAAGCCAAUGUUUUUAGCUACAGAGCAGGAAACAUCUAGGUACUCAAAUGGUUAUGAGAGCCCUUACGAAAAUUAUGUUGGGACGACAAAUGAUUCGAAACGGUUUGAGAUCUCCAAUAUCAGAGACUCUAGAAGCACUGCUGAUUAUGAUGACGACGUAAAGGCGGCUGCAAGCUUCAAAUCAGCAAUGGCAACCAACGAAUCGAAUUCCAGCACUGGACUGCUUGAUGUCGAUCAUGCAUUUGAUGAACUGGCCGAUAAGAUCAAUGAGGUGAAUAUUGUACAGAAACUUGACUCAGUUAAUACCGAUACCACGGCCAAAUAUGAUGAAUUUGGCGACGAUGACGAGCUUGCCCCAGUCCUGAAAUUGCAAUUGACGCAAACGACAGGGAAUGGCACACAGAACAGACACGUUGAGAAAGAUGAGGAAGCCGACGUUUUUGACCCAGAUUUUGUUGACCAAAGUCAAAUGCUUGGUGCUGAAACUGCCUUCAAAAACGAGGAAGAUAAUGUAUCGGCCACCAAUCAGGCCUACAACCUAGAAAAGAAAAGCAGUAUUCCUCGUUCUCCAUCACAAACAAACCUAGCUUUAGACGCAAACACAUCCAACCGCACCAAUCAACAAACGGUCAACUCACCACAACGCAUACAACAACCUCUACAACAACCACGUUACGCGAGUCCAUCGCACAUUCAAAGUCCGUAUCACCAAUAUUCUCAAAACAACCAGUCCCCAAUCUACGGACAGUUCCCAAACUCAUCGAAAGGACUGCCUUCUGAGUCUCUGCAACACCCCAAGUAUCAAAACGCGGUUUAUCCCAACCAAAUACAGUACCAACAGAACCAAUAUGUGGAACAACCUGGUAUCAAUAAACCAAGACAAAUUGGAAGCCCUUAUGGUUCAGCAAACUCGCGCUCCGGCUCCUCUCUCUCCUUGAACAACCGGCCAAAUGGCGGUGGAUUCAGUCAGUUCAUGCCUAAUAACACAAAUGGCAAGAACCCGUAUGCGAACUAG